AUGCCCUUGCCUCCUCUUACUCACACUCUCUCACAUAUUGAUAGCUGCAUACCCAAACUCCACUUUACCCACCUCUCAUGUGUCUAUUCCAGUGUUGCUAUCCUCAGGUCGUUAUCUGUUCUCUGCUUGUUCUCUGGCCAAGGCCCCAAACUGCUCAAUCAUCAACUGCGUUCCUACCUGCUUCGGUGCUUGUCCUCUCAUGCCCAUGACCGUUCAGUAAGGUAUCCAUUUCCAUUUCGUUCCAUGCAGCAUUCAUCCCGCCCCUUGAUGCCUAGCAACCUUGGGGUCUGUCUGUCUGGCUUUCUGCUCCGGUGCCUGAGCUUUUGGAGCUUGGAGCUCUUCCCAAGUUCGCUAUCCCCUCACGGCCUGCGUCAAAUCUUCUGCACGACUAUUUUGGCUCUGGCAUCUUCCGUCGCCAAGUGGCUGCUCACGUCGUAA